AUGAGACAAGAUUACAGCUACAGUCAGUCCUCUUCAUCAUCAGAGUCUCUAGACAUAACCUCCCUUCUUGAAGCCGAAUGUCAGAUUUACGGGGAUGAAGCUGACAGUAGCUACUGCAAUUCAUUGCCGGUUCAGUACCCACGUCAACCAGAGGCUGAUGAUGGAAUCCCCACGACAUGUUACUGUGGAGCUCAGCCUGUUCUCGGAUGCUCUUACACUUCUAAAAAUCUAUACAGAAGGUACUUUACGUGCGACAAUGCUGAUGAUGGAGACUGCCACGUUUGGAAAUGGUGGGAAGUGGCAGUAAUGGAGGAGAUGAUGGAGUUUCAGAGACAACUUAGGGAUCUUAAGGUCCAAGGUUAUGAGAGUGAGCAGAAGGUCCUUCACCUUGAGAAGACGGUACAUGAGCUUUCCAAGAACAAAUCAGAAGUUAAGCUAACGGUCUGUCUGUUAGUUUUAAUAGGUUUGGUGUUAUUGAUUGUGCGAGGAAUCAUUGGAAAGGUUUCAAAGGAGAGUGGCGGUCCUCAAGAUUUUCUGUAA